GAAAAUUAAUGAAUUGGCGGCGGUGGAAGCUUCUCAAAACGAGGUCUUGACCCGUGUCAGUCAGUCUCAGGGUACAGAGGACACUCCUGUAGAGCCUAACCGCAUGACCAGAGACGAGUAGAUGGAAGUCGUCGACGGAGCUUACGGUUUACAACCAAGAAAGAAAGGAAGAGUUCCUUUGUCAAGUGUUGUAGCUAAGAAAUUCACCACCACCAAUAAGCCUAGCAGCCAAUCUGUGAUCUCGACGCGACCAUGUGACACAUCAUACGUCGUGGGUAAGAUUGGUCAAUACUUGUUGAAGAAUGUUGAAGCCUCUUUGGUUUUAAGCUUUCUUCCCACUAUUAAACACGAGUUAGACGGUGCACAAACGACCUGGGAUGUCGUUCAGCGACUCAUUGAUUCUCAACCCUUAAAGGACUUGCUUCCGCAGCCUAUAUACAUGGAUAUCAUGAGGAUGGCAUUUAAUGAGCAUGCAACUAUAAGUGAUGGGGAGGCUAGAGGAGGUACUGUAGGAAGUAGCAGUACGAUACGACAUUUUGAUGCAGCCGCUGCCGACGAUAGGGAUCACGACGAUAGGGACCAAGAUGACUACGAUGAAUGAGUACUGAGUUAGACUUUUUUGUUACUUUUAUCGACUUUUGGAUUGUGUUGAGCAUAUAAUGACCUCCGGAUUAUAUAUAUACGUGAAGUUAUACUUUUUUGUUA